AUGGAUGGCCACACAGUUGUCGGCGCCGUUUCGGCGCCGUCGACGAGCCCUACAAGCCCUGUGAGCGUUCAUCGCCAUGGCUCUAUGAAACGAAAGCGCAGCGAAGGGGGUCUCGGAAUAGAAAGCAGUCCCGGUAGCGUUAUCGGCGACGAAGAUCAGUCUCUCGCCGAACCCGAAAAGAAGAGGCAACCCGGUGUGAAGCGAGCGUGUAAUGAAUGUAGGCAGCAGAAAUUGAGGUGCGAUGUUGUCCAAGAACCAUUUCAGAGCUGUUCGAGGUGUAAUCGUCUAAAACUCGAGUGCAAGAUCGAGUCUAAUUUCAAACGAAUUGGCAAGAGGUCGAAACAUGCUGAGAUGGAAAAAGAAAUCGAUCGGUUACGUCGCAAGAUAGCCCAAGCCAAAGCUCAGGGCUUUGUAAUUGACGAUGACGAAGACCUGCAAUCUCAAUUGCAAUCCCCCGUCGCAAAUAGUGCGUAUUCGCAUACCCGAAAUCCUUCGCUCAUGGGAUCCGAUGAAGCUGUUACGUCCCUUCUGACUCUCAAGCGAGGAGGGUCGUAUAGCCUAGCCGCAACCCAUUAUGCCUAUGAGCUUGAGACAGUGCGGCUGACCGAGCAGGAUGUCCACGGCUUGUUCCAGGAAUUUUUCAGCUGUUACCAUCCGUUUCUACCCUUUUUAAACGAGCAUCAGUCCCCUGAUUUAUAUUAUCAGCAACAUGCCUUACUCUUCUGGACCAUCAUCGCCAUUGCCUCGCGUCGUUACCAUGCUAAGCCCAACAUAUUGCACGAACUGUCAAGCGGCCCUCUGAAUAGACUUCUCUGGGGUACCGUAGGCGACGUGCCGAAUAGCUACUUCGUCGUUAAGGCCCUUUGCCUAUUAUGUACUUGGCCUCUACCGACAAGCACAACGACGGCAGAUCCAACUCAUAUUUUAUGUGGUGUGAUGAUGAAAGCUGCCACAGGUAUUGGUCUACACCGACCUAACCAUACCCAAGAUUUCUCCCGCGUAUCAGUAGAGCUUAACAAGGACCAGCUUCAUGACCGAGUAACGACCUGGGCCGUAUGCAACAUUGUCGCUCAGUCUAUUGGAACCGGCUAUGGCCAGCCGGCUACUUCUCUCUACGACUGGACACUAGCAAUCCGCCCUGGUGAGGAUGGACCCUUCACGCUUUCUCCUGAGCUUGAGGCUAGGUUGAGAAUAGAAAGGUUUUGUGAUAAAGUCUCGAAGGAAAUGUAUAGUAAUGCAAGCGAUCCCAGGGGCGUGGCUGGCGACGAACACAGAGCUAUGCUGAUGCGAGUGUACCGCCGGGACUUCCAAGAAUUACAGACGUCAAUCCUUUCGCAGCGUUUAUCGCAGAUUGUGGAGGUACACUUAACUGCUGCCAAUGUCCAUCUUCGCCUCGCUGGAUUCUUUGAUUCCAGCAGUACUCCUGGUUAUAUGGACGAUCUCAUGGGCCUAUGGCGAGCCAUCACAAGCUUUCUAGAUCUCCUGUUUCUAGACGCAAACCAGCAUAUAUUAGUAUAUGCCACUAAUUAUAUCCAACAGAUGCUAGUUGCUGCCGGAUUUGCUCUACUCAAGUUGAUGAGAUCGUUCUUUGCUAAAACGAUAGACUUCGAAAGGGGAAGAACUCUAUUUCAUAAAACCAUCAAUUCCAUCCGCAGGACGAGCGUGCUAGACAAUGAUCUGCAAUGGCGGCUAGCAGAGCUUAUGGUUCAGAUGUGGAAUGGCGCACGAAUUGACAAUAAGAACAACACCUCAUUUCACGACGACGACAGCUCUGUUCUUAUAGACGAUACCUUGCAAUUGAAGGUCCGUUGUAGGCAUAGCAUGAGUCUCGUAUUUGACUCUAUUUGGCGCUGGAGGGAAGAGUAUCAAGCUCAGGGUCGUGGGACACUUGAUGCUCUUAAACAUCCAACUAAUCCAGACUCAGGUAAUGAGUCUUCCGCGUCUUCCACACAUAUGGAUAGCACAUUAUUGCCGCAUAAUAAUCUGGCGAAUCUGACGACGAUGGCCACGAAUAAUGGCGGCAUAACACCAACGGCAAGUCACGGCCUAAGCGCCGGUGCUAAUAGUAUGAUUGGGCUAGGGUAUGGAAGUGACGCAAACUAUGACUUCUUUGAUCCCCAGCAUUGGAUGCUAGACGGCUUGCUAGAUUUUAACUACACCUUCGCUCAGCCUCUAGAAGGAAUGUAG